CUUUUUUGAAAUCUCCAUUAGACCCUGCUCAUUGGCUGGAUAGAACCUACGCAAAAACACACAACAAGCAGCAACAGACAAUUCUAGGAAGUGUAGACCAGUGCGAAGUUACUUAGUACACAACCUCAAGAUAUUGUGAAAGAAACAUGUGUGACAAGAUUGACCUGGAAGAAACGGCAACCCACACGGGUCCCAAGGGAGUCAUCAAUGACUGGAGGAGGUUCAAGUUGGAGAGCAUGGAGCAGGAAAACCUGCCACCUGCAAAACGGGAACUGCUCAGACAAAUGUCAUCUCCUCAUCGGCAAAAGGAUGACUCGAGGGUAAAUCUUAAUCGCAAGAUGAGUGUGCAGGAGUAUGAACUGCUUAAGGAGGAGGAUGAGGGCUGUCUCAAGAAAUACAGAAAGCGGUGCAUGCAGGAAAUGCAUGAUAAGCUAAGUUUUGGGCCAAAGUUUGAAGGUGUGCACGACCUGGAAAGCGGGGAGGCCUUCCUUGAAGUCAUUGAGAAGGAACAUCACAGCACAGUGGUCGUAGUCCAUAUCUACAAGAUUGGAGUCAAAGGCUGUGAAGAGCUCAACAACUGCCUCGACUGUCUGGCUGCAGAGUAUCCCACUGUUAAGUUCUGCAGGAUUGAUGCAGUUUCCUCAGGUGCUGCUGAGAGAUUCUCAGAUGAGGUGUUGCCUACACUUUUGGUCUACAAGGCAGGUGAACUCCUAGGGAACUUCUUGGCCUGUACUCAGUACUUAAAUGAGGAGUUCUUUGCUACAGAUGUUGAGGCUUUCCUCAACAGCUAUGGUUUGUUGCCAGAGAAAGAAAUGCCUACGAUAGAUGAUGAAGAGGAGAAUGAUUUGGAGUAAACAAUCAUUUGUGGGUGCUGAGGAGUAAAAAAGUAUGUCUGGUGGGUUGUAUAUAGAGCUUAAUGAGGAUAAUUUGCAUAUCAUAAAAUGUGGCUAAAUCUGUGAUUGUGAGAAGGGUUCUCUGGGAGGCUGUUUAAUAUCCCAUUGGUGAAGGGUUCUCAGGCAUGGCUGCACUCAAAUAUGGUUAGGGUUAAUUAUGGAAGAUUGAAUUUGUAUUUAAAUAGUAUAAGCACCAUAACCUAAACAAACAAUGUCAAUGGAAUUUUAACCAAUCUGGUAAUGUUUUCUUUUGUAAUGCUAGAACAUUUGAUAUACUACAUUUAAUGCAGACGUGCAUAAUGCAAUAUUUGAAAGUCUUUUAGCACUUGACUGGAUCAAUUUGUACUACAAGAGCCAUUUAAAUUGUUGUGAUAGUUGACCAAAGGGCUGCUUCUGGUAACUUGAUUUUACCAAAGAAGUCUGGAUGUGGAAAAGGUUGUAAACAGACCUGGAUAAAUGAGAAGUGAAUCUAUUUGAAUGUACAGUUUUUUGUGUAUACAGUACAGUAUUUAGUAGAAGUUCAAAAUGAUCUGUGUCAUCAUCAUACUACGUUUUGUUCAAAUUUGCCCAUAAUUUUAAAGAAUAAAACAACAUGAAAUUUCA